GAAUAGUACGGGAACCAGAUAAAAAAGUUGGGGAAACUUCAAAGUAAACACCAAAGGCCAACACACUUACAAGUUAAAUCAGUAGAUCUGGAAAUAGAAAUUUGUUAAAAAAAUGAUAAGAUUACGGAAGGUUGCUGUAAUAACCGGAGGCAAUUCAGGCAUUGGACUUAGUGUGUGUGAAAGACUACUGACCUUACACAACAACCUUGAACUUUGUCUGCUAUGUAGGAACAUACAUAGAGCAGAGGCUGCUAAGAAUGCAUUGUUAGUCUCACAUCCAAAGUCUUCAAUUAAUAUUGUUGUUAUGGAUACCAGUGAUGUCAAAUCUGUAAUCAGAGCAGCCCAUGAUCUCAAACAGAGAUAUAAAGGAAUAGACUAUUUAUAUCUGAAUGCUGGCAUUAUGCCUGUGACAGGAGUCAACUGGACAAACGUGGUCAAAGGAGUUCUAUCGAAUUGUGCCCAUGUUUUGUCAACAGGAGAAGGUUGUUUAUACCACACAGAUGAAACUACAAAAGAUGGACUGAAGAAUAUAUUUGCUUCAAACAUAUUUGGACACUAUACCUUAAUAAAAGAGCUUGAAGAUAGACUUGGAGGAGAAAAAGAUACACAGAUCAUCUGGACAUCUUCCAGGGCAGCCAUGAAAUCUGCCUUUGAUAUAACAGAUAUUCAGCAUAAACAUGGAGAAAACCCCUAUUCCUCCUCUAAGUAUGUGAUAGAUACUGUUAGUGUGUCACUCAAUAAUAAACUCAAUAAAAAGAGAGUAUAUUCCCACACAACAUGUCCUGGAUUAGUGAUGUCUAAUUUGACAAAUGGAGUUUUACCAUAUUGGAUAUGGAGUAUAUUGUAUCCACUUCUGAUUAUGCUGCGGUUAUUUUGCCCUAGUUUAACUUGUUCAUCUUACAAUGGGAGUGAAGCAAUGGUCUGGUUAUCAACACAGAAUCCACAGUCGUUGAAGCCUCAGGACAAAUUUAACAGUGAUGUAGAUAUCUUUGGGAAAACCCAUGUAUCAACAGUUAAGUUAGACAUAGAUACAAAGACAGAAGAAACAGUAUGCAAUACAUUAGAUGAACUGUACAAAGAAUUCAAAACCAAAUACUGUUGAUGUCAGCUUCAAGAUUAGAUAAAGAUUAAUAAAACCAACUUUCUUCAAAACCAAAUGAAUUCUGGGAGAUAAUAAUCUGUGAUAUUAUACAUUGUGAACAAAUUUUUAGUUAUUAUUAUUACAAACUUUCUUUUAUUGUCAUUGUUAUGUUUAGAUUGUUAACCUUAUGAAUAACACAUUUGACUGGAUUAUUUACACAUUUAAUUGAGUAUUAUACACAAUUUUAUAUCUGCAUUUUAUUCUGGUUGAAUUUUAGUAAAGUUGUACAAAAAAAACAAUUUUGCAAUAUAUGAAAAAAACUAAACCAUCAUUUGUUCUAAAAUGGAGGUAAAAAACGGACUAUCCUGGAAAAUUGUCACUGUAAGACAAACUAGUUUUAUUCAUAUUGAUCAAUCUACACUUUCUUAUAAAUUCUAGUUACUUUUAAAAAAAAAUUGUAUUUGCCGUAACAUUCUAUAUCUUGUUCUGAAAAGAAAAAUAGCUUCUUGAGAAUUUCCAUAGGCAAGCAAAAUAAAAGUUCAGACUUUCAGGCAAAAGCUGUCUAUGUCCAAUACUUUCUGUGAUAACAGACCAUUUAGAUAAAUUGUCUUUAAUCAUGUGCCAAAUCAACAUUUGUAAUAUUUUAUCCUAUUUUGAUCCUGAGGUAAAUAAAUGCUCACUGAGUUACUAUGUGCAAAAGAAAAGAUAUUUUAGUAGAUUAAAUUUUUUGUGUAUUUGUUUGUUUAUUUGUAAUGUGAAAACUUGUGUUUUUUAGAUGUAAAGUGAAAUGAAAAUUUUAUAUUGUAUAUUUAUCACAUAUAUGGAUAUAUGAUUUGUUGAUAAUUUUGUUUAAUAAAGUAAGUUUACUGUC